CCUAAUUGAAACAUUUUUCAUCUCUUUUAAACAUUAACUGACUCAUCAGAUGGAGACGUAGAUAUAGAAAAAUAUGCAUACAUUUAUUUCGUGCAUCUUUCUCCUAACAAAGAGGGCCCGGGGCCAAAGAAUAUUCAGUAAAUCAAAAGAUAAAACAAUUCAUUACUCUAGAGCUAAUUUGUCACGGAGCUAUAUAGAAUAAUAUUAAAUUCUUUUAACUAAUGUCGGACCAAUAAACACGUUAGAUGAAAAGAAAGAAGAUUUCUUUGAUCAUCAUCCCUAACAGCCCAAAACAAAUGGAUUUAAUUAUUAUGACCAUCCCACAAAACUUUCUUUUUAAAUCUUUUCUUAUUCUAACAGUCAAGAAAGUAAAAGCCUAAUCUGCAUACGUGAAAUCUGAAGUGGAUAGGUAGGAAAAAAAUUGCAACAACCUCGACAUCUAAUCGGUUGGUCUUAUCUGCACUACAUUAAUAUCAUUACUUUCAGCCAUCGUACUAAAGUUGGAGUUACAACUUUCCCUUCUGGGACGGCAUCAAGACAACAAAGUCCCGUGUCCUCUGUACUUUGCCCAUUUAAAGCUAUCCAUACAUUUUGGUUGUAAAUCAGAGGAAGUAAAAGCACAGAUUUUGAUCCCUUAGUAGCAGUUGUUUAAGGUACUCAUUCCUAACAAGAACCCAUAUUUUAUUUUUCUUGUUGAUGAUGAAAUUGUUUGAUUAAUUUUCAUGUAGAUUCAUACUGGUGUUGUUGAACCUUCAAGUCAACUCUUCAAUUUUUUUUGUGGGAUUUUUCUCUAGUUGAUGUUAACAUGUUUUCCAAGAAUCUUGGAAGUGAAAGAUCAUCAUUGAACUGUUUUCAAUCUUUGUUUUCCCUUUGUUGGUGUCGUCUUCUUCUGGUUCGUAUAAGGCGAUCUUUACCUCUGGAUUUUGUUGUUAUUAACAGAGUGACUUAUGGCGUCUUUUCGAGCAUUCUUGAACAGCCCUGUUGGACCUAAAACCACGCACUUCUGGGGUCCUGUGGGCAACUGGGGAUUCAUUCUUGCAGGAUUGGCAGAUACCCAAAAACCUCCUGAACUGAUUUCUGGUCCUAUGACUGGAGUACUUUGUGUGUAUUCAGCUCUGUUCAUGAGGUUUGCGUGGGUGGUAAAUCCUCGCAACCAUUUUCUUAUGGUGACACAUGCCUCAAAUGAAGUUGUUCAGCUCUAUCAAUUGUCUCGCUGGGCAACUGGGCAGAGGUAAAGUAUAGCCUCUUUGAGAGAUUCCAAUAGUGAGUCCUAUAUUUUUCCGUAACUUCGAUUAAAUUAGAUCAUAUGUCACACAUUUUGUGCAAUGAUGCCGUCUGAUCUUUGAUCUCUUCUAGUUUGGAUUUUCAAUUUCGGCACAAAUUUAAAUUAAAAAGUGAAAAUCCAAACUGAACAAUAAUGUUGGGACAGAGGGAAGGGUCGCUGAUCCUUUUCUGUUUUCUCAAUCUGUAGAAACUUGCAGCAGGAGGAAGAAAAGGCGACAUCCUAGUGGAUUCUGUUUCCAGCAGCAGCAUUGCUUUGAUCUUCAAGUUCAAAACCCCAAAUCCAUAAUUUUACAUGCAUUCUUCAAAUUCUAGCUAGAUGCAAGAUUCAGCUGAUGUUUGUAACCGUCCCUAAAUACACUAAGAAUGCAGAAUAAGUGAUGAACUCUAAAGAUCAGGAGAAAAAAAAAAAAAAAAACUUGUCUUAAAAACUGGCACUGGCCUGGUUACAGAUUGGACUCUUUUAGUUUUUUCAUACGAAGGCCCAACUUCAUAAACAACCUCCAACGACGUUGACCUAUGUUCGUAAAGUUAUCAAUUAGCUUUGGGGCAAAAUUCUCCUCCUCUCUCGCUUGUCAUGUUUUUUGUUUUUUUUUUUUCCUAAAAAUUGUCAUUUAUCAAAAUGUUUUAGUAUUAUUAUUUCCUGUAUCCCGAAAUAACUAUCUGAUUUUAAUUUUCAUUUAGUAUAAAUCUUGCUAAAACUAAAAAUUCAGACGGGAUACAAAGAAAAUAUAAGAUCAAUACUUUAUUUUUCAUGAAUUAAAAUUCAGCCAUUUACAAAUCCAUGAAAAUUCACCAAGAGAAGAAUUCGUAAUAACCAAAAAAUGAAAAUAAAUAAAUAAAAAGUCUAAUUAGACUUCAAAAGUUAACUAACAAAAAUACUCUUUAGGCUUGCUUUUUACAACUCUUUCUCCAGUUCUCGUUUCUUCUGCCGUUUAGCUUUGAAAAUAUUGUUGUCAACGUGAUAAACGAUAUCAUUUUUAAAACUACGUGUUGAGAAAUUAUUAUUAUUAUUAUUAUUAUUAUUAAGAUUUAAGCGUACAAGC